CCCCUUUUCAUCCCCAACAUCUGUAUAACUUGCUUUAUUCAAUGGUACAUCAAUAUGAUCAAGAAGAGGUGUGAAAAGUGCUUGUGUAUUUCUGAAAUGCUGGAACUGAGACAUGACCAAAGUUAAGCUUGCUGGCUGGAUGCUGGGAGACUCGGGAUGAAAUUAUUCCCAUUGCGUUAACCAACAGCCAGGCAGCUGAGUAGGGAGAGAGACCACCACCAUCCAGGGAGAAAGACCAGCCAGAGUCUAAUUGAGCACCCUCCAGGGAGUGAAACCACAGAGAGCCAGCCAUGGUGGGGUGGGGGAAGCGGUGUGUGGAGGAGCGAGACAGCUGGUGCUUGUGCUGUGGGGCCUUCCUACCAUCGUGCGCCUGGGCACCGUCACGUGUUUAUGACGUCACAGGUCGUGCGCUCCAGCCCUGACAUCCUUGAGGCAGGCUCACAUGGCCGCCGCCCUGACUGGCCCUCACACUGUGCCUGGAGAGCCCUGGCCCACGACCCUGAGCCUCCUCCUACUCCUUUUUCUCCUGCCUCCCACCCAGGUUGCAGCCACAGCCCACAGGCACCCUGCCAGUGAGGACGUCGCCUUUAGCCGUGAUGUGGCCUGUGGCCAGCGUCCUGUGCAAGGGAGGAUACUGGGAGGCGUGGAUGCCCUUGAGAGAAAGUGGCCGUGGCAGGUCAGUGUGCACUACACAGGUUUCCACAUCUGUGGUGGGUCCAUCGUUGAUGAGUACUGGAUCCUGUCGGCUGCCCACUGCUUUGACAGGAGUACGAACACUGAGGCAUAUGAUAUAUAUGUGGGCCUUGUGGACCUCCUGGUUGCUGGCAAUCACACACAGUGGUUUGAGGUGAAUAGGGUGAUCAUACACCCCACCUAUGAAUUGUACCACCCUAUUGGAGGCGACGUCGCUCUGGUGCAGCUGAAAAGCCGCAUUGUUUUUUCCGACGCUGUGCUUCCCGUCUGUAUUGCACCCCCAGACUUGACUCUUUCGAACCUUUCUUGCUGGGCUACAGGAUGGGGAUCCAUCUCCCAACAAGGUGACACGUCAAACAAGCUGCAGGAGGUACAGCUGCCUCUGGUCCCAUUGUACCUGUGCCGACUGCUCUAUGGACAAACAAACAUUCAGCCAGACAUGCUGUGUGCCGGAAACAUCAGGGACAUGAAGACUGCAUGUCAGGGUGAUUCUGGGAGCCCACUUGUCUGUGAAUUCAACCAUACCUGGGUGCAAAUUGGAGUAGUGAGCUGGGGAAAGGGUUGCACAUACCCUAUGUUUCCUACAGUUUUUGCCCGAGUCUCCUUUUUCUCGAGAUGGAUUCAACGUCACAUAGAAAACACACUCUUACCUCUUCAGCCACUCCCUGCCCUCUCCCCUACUCCGGGGGCCAUCAUCAACGUCCUUAUGACCUCAUUGGCUGCCCUGUCAAUGCUGUAAGGACUAAAGCCUCACCCAGCUUCCUCACAGCUGCAUGCCUCCAUCCCUGCCCAGCUCCAGCCCCUCAAGUCCUCACACACCUGAGCAAAGUGAGGGCCAUCAGCCAAGCUCACACGCAAGGUUGGGGGGGAGACUGCUAAGGGCCACGCCGAGCACGGCAGAGGCUGGUCUCACCACAGAAGGGCGGCGGUUCAUGGGAGGGCAGAGGACAUUUGCUGAGUGCUCCAGGCACCUAAGAUUUGAGAAGAUAUUAAAUAUUUACAAAGCAAGUGUCCCAGAAAUCCUAUAUUUAUCUUUCUACACAGAGUACAGCCUCCCUUUCACAUGCAGAGUAUGUUCAUCACCCUGCCUUGUCAGA